CAAUCUAGAUGUGCCUCAGGGCUCUGUUCCUUCCCCGCUGAGGACCUGGGUGUCGGGGUUGUUUCAUGAGCCCUCCUCCUACGCUCCUGGCCCUGCUGGCCGGGAGCAGGGCUGGGAAGAGCCCCUGAUGGAGAAAGUGUUCGGCUGAACAAAGGAUAUGGCGGCAGCACAGCAGACGCCACUGCUCACUGGCGCAGUCACUGCGGAGAAUUAGAAACGUUCCCUAAAAUGGCGGACGCCGCGCAGGGGCGGGGCGGAGGCGAGGCGGGCACCGCCCCUGCCGAUUGUACAAGCAGUGCGCUGAGAUGGGGGACAGGAACAGCUCGAAUGGUCAGGCGGGGAUUUCCGCUCUGGGCGGUCCUUGGUGGUAGCCGCACGGGACCCGCGGCGCGACUCGUCCCCAUGGCCGCCGAGCGGGAACCUGGCGAGCCCGGGAAGGGGAAGCCCUUUAAGCUCCUAGGAAUUUUAGAUGUCGAAAACAUUCCCUGUGCACGGGAUUCGGUAUUAUAUGGUUCAUUAGGAUCUGUUGUGGCUGGCCUUGGACAUUUUCUAUUAACUAGUGAGUACACGUUUUAUUUUUGUGUGUUAACAUUUUUUUCUAGAUGGAGCAAUUAUAAUUAUGAUAGUUACCAUUAUUUGACAGGUAGAAUUAGAAGAUCAUGUGAUGUUGGAGUAGGAGGGUUUAUUUUGGUGACUUUAGGAUGCUGGCUCCAUUGUAGGUAUAAUUAUGCAAAGCUAAGAAUCCAGGAAAGAAUCGCCAGAGAAGGAAUUAAGAAUAAGAUUUUGUAUGAAAGCACCCACCUUGAUCCUCAAAGAAAACAGACAGACCGCAACAGCAGCAACUGAGCAGUCUUGGGCAGAGCAAACCAAAAUA